AUGCCCCCCUCCACUACAACCAACACUGCAGCCACAACCUCAAUCAAAACUACAAUUGUCCCUUCUACCUCGCCAUCGACCACCUCCUCUUCUUCCUCCGCGUCGACUCUUCCCAAUUCUGCCGAGGAGAACACCUUGGGUUCCGGAUCGACUUCAGAGCAACAACAAACACAAGCACAAGCACAGACAAUACAUGGAUCACACAGCGCAGUAUCAGCGCCCCUUGAACAGACCCCCCUUCAGCCUGAGAGGGACAACCCAGUCUACGCAGCCCGACUCAUCUCCCUGGCUAAUUAUAUCCGCCACAUCAUCUCCCUCAGUUCGGGAAACUCUCCGUUGCACUCGCAGUCGACUCUUGUCCAGCAGCGACUCAUAUUUGCCCAACGUCAACAGCAGCAACUUCUUCAACAGCAGAGGCAACAACAAAAGCUCCAGGAGAGUCGACCCCCUUGGACAACAGCCAACAGACCCCAACAGGACUCGGUCUCGCUCCCUUCCCCGCUCUCUGCUGGGUCUGGACCUAUGAAGAACAACUCACUUUCUACGCGGAAACAUCGUCAAACGUCGGAGUACCACAACCACGCCGCACGCAGACAACUUCACCAUCAGCAACAAGUUCAAUCUUCUGCUUCAACUCAGGAUGCACAAAAUUUCCUUCAGCGCCCAGACUCUAUAGAGGCCUUGCCAAGCCCGACUUCGCCCAUCUUGCAAGUCGGUCGUCGAUCAUCCCAACCACAACAACAACAGUCGCAUAAUUCAGGAAACGAGCAGUCGGCCGCAGCAACAGCAGUGUCAUCAUCGUCAGGAGGAUCGAAAUUGGUUUUCACUUUGCCAAAGGUGUCCUUUCCCAACCUGACCCUGACCUUGGCUCUCAUUUAUGUGGACCGACUCAAAGAAAAAAACCCCGCGGCAAAGGGCGAGCCAGGAUGUUCACACAGGCUAUUUUUGGUGGCGUACAUCAUUGCGGCGAAAUACAGAUGCUGUGUCGAGCUUGCAAGUCUCCUCCAGGAACAGUACCAAUCGGAUGUCUCUACACCAACAACAAACACAACAUCGACCCUUGUCAAUGAAACCUACGAUCAAGGCGAGAAGGGCGAUAGUGAUGACAACAAGGAUGUGAUCGAUGGAGAGAAAAAGUCGAUCGAUCAGAGGAUCUGCGAAGCGCGAUCGCGUGCUGAGGUGAUCCUGUCCAACCAAGCAUGGGUUCAGCUGCUGAGCCUGGGCUCGUUCAUGCGACCAACUCCUCCUUCGACUUCAUCGACAACGACGGUGACAGCGAGGACUUCGCCCAGCCAACCCAUGAACCGAUCGAUUGUUUCAAAUACCACGGGAACACUCGAGUCAGGCACUGGAGUCGAGGCUAAACCAUUGCCCAUUCAAUCAACUCCUCUUUCAGCGAACGAUGGCGCUAGUGUCACUCAGACUCAAACACCCCCUCCCUCAAACUCGACUUCACCCUCAACCCCUUUGCCUCCAUCGCCACCAUCGUCCAUCCUCCAAGUUGAAGAUCUGAACCGGAUGGAGUCAGAAUUUUUGACCUUCCUCGAUUAUGAUUUGGCCGCGAGGAGUCAAGAUCUCGAUACCUGCUGGGGCCUCCUCGUCGGAAACAAGGAGAUCUAA